AUGGCAUUGCUAUAUGAUGUCGUUGGAAGCUUAACUCGCGUCGCGCAACGGUCUCAUGUUCCAGGUGCAAGAGGCUAUGACACUAUGAUCAUUCAGAUUGUUUUGAUAAUCAUUGCUCUCUUACUUGUUGCAAAUCGAUUUCAUGUCCGCUUUUAUGUAGGUCGGAGCCUAGCACCUGAUGAUUAUGCUAUUUUAGCAUCUAUGCUUUUCUCUCUAGCAAUGAAUGCAGUCAACAUUACUGCAAUACACUAUGGAUACGGGAAACAUGCGAGUGAAGUGCCAAAACAUGACAUGCUUAUUGCAUUGAAGCUGUUCUACACCUUGCAAAUCUUCUAUAAAUGCACCAUUGGCUUGACUAAAAUUUCAAUUGUGCUUCUCUACCGCCGCAUUUUUCAAACACGCAAAUUUCGCUUCCAGCUUAUUUGCAACUAUGUUCUUGUCUUGGUCGCGUUAUAUGCAAUUGCCAGCAUUAUCGUGACGAUAUUUGAAUGCAUGCCUAUUGUUAAGGUCUGGGACAGGUCAACUAACGGAACAUGCAUCAAUUUCACUGCAUUCUGGUAUGCAAAUGCAGCUUGGAACAUCACCACAGACCUUAUCAUCCUGAUCUUGCCAAUGCCUGUGGUUCACACACUUUAUCUUCCUUAUCGGUCGAAGUUUGGCUUGACGGCAAUAUUCACUUUAGGAAUCUUUGUAUGCAUUACAUCGAUUCUGCGGAUGACAACCCUUAAAGUCUCAUCUGAGGCAGCGGAUCAGAGCUACGGAACUCUGAUCUCAACUAUGUGGACGACCAUCGAGGCCAACGCUGGCAUUAUCUGCGCUUGCCUCCCCAUGCUUCGCAUCCCUCUUACCCGGCUCGGGAUGGCCUUACGUGCUUCAUUUCGUAAGGAGGAACCUGCCCAGCCUCCGCAGGUUCAGUCAGGAAGUACAUCUUUGGAUGAUGAAGAUCCUCCUCCUCCUUCUCUUUCUCCUCCUUCUCCUUCAAAGCCAAGCAGAUGGGUUAGGCUCAUGCCUCAAGCUUGGCUCAAAGGUGAUGUCACGGGGGAUAAGUAA